AUGCAGGGAGAUGCCCACUACAGCGAACUUUCAAAGAAUGACAACGACUACAUGCUUGUCGGGCUCGAAGCCGCUCCGGUCUUUCUAGUGCGGGAGACGAUGAGUCCAGGUUUUGAAAAGAGCAAGCGAACUGAAAUAUCCAGCAUGAAACGUCCACAGUUCCUUGCAUACUUCAACACCAGACUAGCCCUAGCCUGCAUCCUCAUAGCCAUAUCCUCCUUCAACUAUGGCUUUGAUAACCAAGGUUUUGCUACGACGCAGGCUAUGGACGCCUUCGACAAACGCUUCGGCGACUAUAACCCUAGAACGAAGCAGUAUGCACUGGACCCAGCCUGGCUAUCGCUGUUCAACAGUCUAAACUACAUCGGAUUUGCUGCUGGCGUGCUCAUCGGCAGUCAGAUAUCCACCCGGUUCGGUCGACGUUGGUGCAUGUUUUCGAUGAGUUGCUACGCUCUCAUCACGGCCACGAUCACAGUUACCUCGAGAAACCGUGAUCAGAUCCUCGCUGCUCGAAUCCUGAAUUACGUCUAUGUUGGGAUGGAGUUGGCUGUUGUCCCAACCUUCCAAUCUGAAAUAGUCCCAGCGCAAGUCCGAGGCCUCGCCGUAGGUACCUACCAGUUCAGCAUCAUCCUAGGUGGUCUAAUCAUCAACUCCAUCUGCCGGGGUACAAGCAAAAUCGAAGAUGACCGAGCCUGGCGCAUCCCCCUUGGUCUAUUCUACAUCGUCCCAACAAUAGUUCUAUCGUUGAUAUGGUUCGUCCCUGAGAGCCCACGCUGGCUCCUCCAACAAGGCCGCGUAGAGGAAUCCAAGGCUAGUCUCCGGCAACUGCGCCAGGGACGUUUUACUAUCGAACAGAUCAACGACGAAUUCCAUGAGCUUCAAACUGUUCUCGAACAAGAGGUUGAAAAAGGCCAUUGGGUCGACCUGGUCAAAGGAGUUAAUCUGAAGAGAACGGCGCUCGUUUUCAUGGUCAAUUUCUUUCAGCAAGGUACUGGGCAGGCGUUUUCAUCUCAGUAUGGAGCGGUUUAUGUUAAGCAGUUGGGGACUGUUAAUCCGUUUGACAUGACGGUUGUGCUUUCGCUUUUGAAUUUGGUGUCGAUCAUUGGCUCGUUGGCAUAUACCGAUCGGGUUGGGAGGAGACCCAUGCUCCUAGCUAGCUCUGGAGUCAUGGCAGCAGGCCUAUUGACGAUGGGAGGUCUAGGGACUCCGAAUCCCAUGACAACCGACUUGAAGAAAGGCGUGGUGGGUAUGUACGUGGUCAUGGCACUGGGAUUCUCUCUCGGUUGGGGACCGCAAACGUACGUAGUCGCCACCGAGCUACCUGCGCUGCGGUUGAGAGACAUGACGCUGCAGUUGGGGUUUGUUGUCAAUGUCGUUUCUAACUUUGUCGUCAACUUCACCAUCCCUUACCUUGUAGAUGCGGAAUUUGCAGGUCUAAACUCCAAGGUUGGAUUCAUCUUUGGUGCCGUUGCGGUUGUCGCGUUCGUUUGCACAUUCUUUUUCGUGCCCGAGUGUCGGGGCAAGACUCUUGAGCAGAUUGAUGUCAUGUUUCAUUUGGGGGUCAAGUUGCGGGAUUUUGGAUCUUAUGAUGCUAGCACGUUGUUUGCUGAGCAGGAGUUUAAAGGGGUCGAGGUUGCUAGGGAUACUGCUAAAGCUGACGGGAAUGGUGUCAAACAGUAG